CUGCUUUUGAUGUCUGUAAACACCUGUUGGCCGUGAGGGCCAUCAUGAAUUAUCCCACGCUCCAAAGCACAUAAAAAUGCGUCCUUUUCUUCCUUUUUUUUAAUUCUUUUUCUUUAUCAAACCAUGUCAAUUGUAUCUGAACACUCCUUAUCAACCGAGCCCAAAUGUCUCUGGAAACCCUCUUGUCCUGAGCAGACUGAGAUGGAAAAGUUUCGCUCUCUUAUGCAAAAAAAAUACACGAGUGCUAAACUAGGCAGUUAUCAAGAGCUCUGGAGCUGGUCUGUUCAGAACCCAGAAGACUUUUGGAGCGAAGUGUGGGAUUAUACCAAGAUUGUCCAUACUACCAAGGGUGAUCAAGUCUUGGAUAACUCGGUUCCUAUGGAUAGCAUUCCAGAAUGGUUUAAAGGUGCUCGAUUAAACUUUGCAGAGAACUUGUUGUGGUGUAAGAGUAAAGAUAAGACGGCUAUUAUUGCUACAGGCGAAGGUCACGAGAAGCGAUUUAUUAGCUAUGCAGAGCUAAAUGAUAGUGUACUUCAAUUUGCUUCUGCUUUGAAGAACCUAGGUAUCAAGAAGGGCGACCGUGUGGCUGCUUAUAUUCCAAACUGCCCUGAAGCUAUUAUUGCCAUGUUGGCUGCCACAAGCAUGGGUGCUAUUUGGAGCUCUACUUCCCCUGAUUUCGGUACCACAGGUGUCCUAGAUAGAUUUUCACAAAUCCAACCCAAGGUGUUGAUCUCUGUGAACAAGGUUAUUUAUAAUGGAAAGACGUUAGACCAUUUACCUAAACUCAAGACAGUUGUUGAAGGUCUUCCUGGUCUUCAAAAGGUCGUCGUUAUUCCCUUUGUCGGCCAAGUAACUCAAGAAGAACUGAAAGAUAUUCCACAGAGUAUUUCAUGGGACGAUUUUAAUAAAUCUGUUCCCCAAGAUGCCUUGCCUACAUGUAUUCAAUUCGAACAGCUGCCCUUUAAUCAUCCUGCCUUUAUUCUCUUCAGUUCGGGCACAACAGGAUUGCCCAAGUGUAUCGUUCAUUCUGGAGCUGGGUUGUUACUCCAAAUCAAGAAAGAACACGUCAUUCACGGAAACAUGGGGCCUGAUGAUAUCUUCUUUUAUUACACGACCACUGGCUGGAUGAUGUGGAACUGGUUGGUCGCAGGUCUCAGCGUAGGAUCCACCAUUGUCCUUUGGGAUGGAAGUCCUUUCAAGCCUGCACCCAUCUCUUUGUGGGAAUUGGUGGAUGAAUUAAAAAUCACUUACUUUGGCACGUCUGCCAAAUACAUUCAAUCCUUGCAAGAAGCAAACGUGCAUCCAAAGGAGCAAUGUAAACUCGAUAGCCUGAAAGCCAUCUACUCUACUGGUUCUCCACUCAAGCCCGAAAGCUUUGAUUUUGUAUAUGAGCAUAUCAAGAGCGACAUCAUGCUCGGCAGUAUCACAGGUGGCACCGAUAUCUGUUCACUCUUUGCAGGACAAAACGCAGCAUUGCCCGUCUACAGAGGCGAGAUCCAAUGUAUCUGUCUUGGCAUGAACAUACAAGCAUGGGCUGAUCAAGAUAAGCCUGUGUUUGCUCAAGCUGGUGAUCUUGUCUGUGUGACACCGUUCCCAUGUAUGCCUGUCGAAAUGUACGGUGAUGGUCCUGAAAGAGCUAAAUACAAGAGUGCCUACUUUAGCGUUUAUCCUCAUGUGUGGUACCAUGGCGACUUUGUCUGGAUCAAUCCCAAGACAGGCGGUGUAGUCAUGCUUGGUCGAUCGGAUGGCACCUUGAACCCUAGCGGUGUUCGAUUUGGUAGUGCAGAGAUCUACAAUGUCGUCGAUCGAUUCAGAGAAGACGGUGUUGAGGAUUCACUUUGUGUGGGCCAAAAGAUUAAAAAUGAAGAUGAUGAACGUGUGGUACUGUUCCUCAAGAUGAAGGCAGGACACAAGUUUAAUGAAGAUUUGGUCAAGAAGAUCAAAGUAACUAUUCGUAGUGAACUAAGUCCAAGACAUGUACCUGCCUUUGUUCUUCCUAUUACUGAUAUUCCUUAUACGAUUAACGGAAAGAAGGUUGAAGUGGCUGUUAAAAAGAUACUUUCUGGACAAAAGGUCAUGGCUACUGGUACAUUAAGCAAUCCUGAAAGCCUUGAAUAUUAUUACAAUAUUCCUGAAUUAGUACAGUAGUCUCGUCAUUUAUAUAAAUAGCUGUCCUUAUGUGUGUGUAUAAAACAAUAAAAAAGCAUAUAGAAUAAUUCUAAAGAAUGUAUCAUGGGUCUGUAUUUUAAUAUCAGCGUACACGACGUGUGUUUAUUUACAAAUAAAAUUAAGCAAGUAGUAGUCCUCCCUUGUAUUUAGCGUAACCCAAGACCAAAAAAGCACCAACAAUAACACCUUGAUAGAAACCAAUGGCUGAGGGAGAAGUCAAGUAGCUUUGAGCUUCUUGAACCUUGGGUUGCGUUCGUCUCUUGAGAUCUUCAUAUUCAACACGAAGUCUUUCUAAUUCUUCUUUAGCGUUGUGUGCAGUCUUGUCAACGGCUUCCUUUGCUCUUUGUUCAUUUUCUCUAGCAGACAUGAUGAUGUAAUAUAAGACAAAGAGAAAAGAAAAAGAAAAAAAGCGCUUCUUUUAUAGACUUUUUAGAAAGGA